UCAAAAUAUUCUCACACUAGAAGACUUUUUUCCACACACAAAAAUCAAGCGUUUUUAUACUUGCUUAUUUUUUAUAAAAUCUCUAAAAUUUCUGUCACCAUUAUACACAUACAAAAUUUCUCUAUUAUUUCCAUAAAAGUAUAAACAAUGACUGGGUUUACCAACCUGCAAUUGAACCGUAUCAUAAAGGAGCUCAUUGCCCAAAAGGGAGACUGUACUUGCAACGAGGAGUCUAUUCAGCGACUGAUCCACCAGGCACGCGAUGUGAUCUCCAAGCAACCGAUGCUCCUGGAGCUAGAAGGUCCUGUAAACAUAUGCGGCGACAUACAUGGUCAGUUUACAGAUCUUCUGCGUAUAUUCGAGGCCUGUGGAUUUCCCCCAAAGACCAACUAUCUGUUCCUGGGCGACUACGUAGACCGAGGCAAGCAGUCACUGGAGACCAUCUGCCUGCUGUUCGCCUACAAGGUCCGUUAUCCCGAGAACUUCUUCCUGCUGAGGGGCAACCACGAGUGUGCCAGCAUCAACAAAGUCUACGGCUUCUUUGACGAGGUGAAGCGCCGUCACUCGGUUCGCUUGUGGCGCAGCUUCACGGACUGCUUUGACUGGCUGCCAGUGGCCGCAGUCAUUGGCCAGCGCAUCUUUUGCUGCCAUGGGGGACUGGGUCCUUCGCUCCGCAACUUGGAGCAGAUAAAAUAUCUGCCAAGACCCACGGACGUGCCGAAUGAGGGCUUACUGUGCGACCUACUGUGGGCGGAUGUCAAUCACACUACAAAGGGUUGGGGCCAAAAUGAAAGGGGUGUGAGCUUCACCUUUAGCGAGUCCAUCAUCCUGGACUUCCUGAAGUCCCAAAAUCUUGAUCUGAUGGUUCGCGCCCACGAGGUGGUUGAGGAUGGUUACGAGCUAUUUGCUGACCGCCACCUCAUUACCAUCUUCUCGGCUCCCAACUACUGUGGACUGAUGAACAAUGCCGGCGGUGUGAUGCGUGUCAGCGCGGACCUCCUGUGCUCCUUUGUCAUCCUCAAGCCGAUGUGUGACUCCAGUGACUCCAAGGAGUCUGUGAGCGAGAAGUCAGAAGACAUUUCGUGGACUUGAUAAGCUUGUAUAUAAAAUGUUAUAAGCUUUUAUUAAAGGCAGAUCUUGAGAUAUUAA